GUAGGUUUUUGCCGUCCGCGGCCACUGGGAUAUUCCAGGACUUACCGAACCCCCUUUACUCCUAGGCCACUGCUACUAACACGGCCUAAACGCUGAGAGAACAUCUUCGACUAAGACAGAACUCGCCCGCUUGCAAGCCAAGUCAAUAUGCUGCUCACCUGGACCGUGGUCGUAGCUCUGGCCAUGGCCGUCCGCGCUAUGUCGCCCCGGUCAUACCCUCCAUCGCUGCUAAGGGAUGGGCUCAGCACGAGAGCGGGGGGCCCUUCGAUUCCUGAUGACAUUGUCUUCCGAGACAUGUGGAUGGCGCUCAGCGAUUUGCAGGAGACGUACUUUGAGCGCUGGCUCGGGACCUGGCCUGACGGAAUCGACUGGACCCGCGCCGUAAUGGGCACGCAUGUGGCCGCUACACUGCGGACCAUCUCGGACGAGCUGCGGCUCAGCGAGCCCACCCAGGACGCCGGGUGCGUCACCAGGAAGGAAGACGUUGUCGGCGGGUAUUUUGCCGACGUGAUCGCCUACUACUUUGCCGAAGACACCUUUGCCAUCCGAAAUCAGGCCUACGACGACAUGCUCUGGGUCGUUUUGGCUUGGCUGGAGUCCAUCCGGUUCAUCGACGAGCACAGCAGGGUUGUUGCCUCCGGGUCGUCGUGCUCCACAGAGUCGGGAGCCUGGCCCGGUGCCGAAACGUGGUAUGGCAGUCGCUGGAUACCCGCCUUCGCCCACCGCGCGAGGAUAUUCUGGGAGCUGGCGGCCAAGGGAUGGGACACGAAGCUCUGCGGAGGCGGCAUGAUUUGGAAUCCGCGCCUGAUGCCGUACAAGAACGCCAUCACGAACCAACUCUUCAUAUCGGCCUCCAUUAGCAUGUAUCUCCACUUUCCCGGCGAUACUAACUCAUCUCCUUUCUCCGCCGGCGUCGGUUCGGCCCUCGCCGGCGGUGUCGGUACCGCCGACUGGCCGCCCCACGACCCCAUCUACGGCAAGGCCGCCCGGGAUGCCCACGACUGGCUUGCUUCGUCCAACAUGACCAACGCGCAAGGCCUCUACGCGGACGGCUUCCACGUCUCGGGCCAGAGCACCGGCAGCAACAACACGCGCUGUGACGACCGCGACGAGAUGGUCUACACCUACAACCAGGGCGUCCUCCUGUCGGGACUGAUGGGCCUGUACCGGGCCACCGGUCAAGAACGCUACCUCCGCGAGGGCCACACCCUGAUUCGGAACGUCAUCUCCGCCACCGGGUACGAUCUCGAGCAGGACAAGCCGGUCGACCCGAUCCACCCGGAUCGUGUCCCUCCCUGGCGCGGCCUCGGCCGCGUGGGCGUCCUAGAGGAAGCAUGCGACGCGUCGGGGACGUGCUCCCAGGACGCGCAGACCUUCAAGGGCAUCUGGAUGCAUCACUUUGCCGCGUUCUGCGCGCCGGCCGCGCUGCGGUUCACAGGCUCGGACUCUCUCGGCUCUCAACGGCCUCAGCCUCACGGGGAGGCAGGGGCAGGGGCGGGGGCCGGGACUAUCCGGGCGCGGCACGAGCGCGAAUGUAGGAGGUACAUCCCGUGGCUGCGCCACAACGUGCGCGCCGCGACGGGCACGAGGGACGAAAACGGCCUGUUUGGCAUGUGGUGGACCGCCGGGCUGCUGACGCUCACGAGCGGCGAGGCCAUCGAGGCGGCCGGGGACCUGCACCCGCUCCCGCCGGGGGGGGACGGGGGGGAGGUGGUGGAUUACCGGAACACGGGAGUGCCGCUGGAUCCUAAGUGGACUCGUGCGGCCGGGGAUGGGUGGUCGCCGGCAGUGCCGGUGCCGGAUGCGAAAAGGACCGGUCAGGCACCGCUCGGUCACGGUCAGGGUGUUGUUGUUGGUGGUGGUUCGGGUUCGGGGGAAGUUAAGAGAGCCGGAUCGGAGAAGAGGGCGGAGGCUUUGGAGGAGAGCGGUGCUUAUGAUCCCAAUCUUCGCGGGCGAGGGAGGACGGUGGAAACGCAGGGCGGCGGACUGGCCGUCCUCAGGGCGUUGUGGGUGGUUUCUAGACUCGAGGGAUAGCGGCGUUUGAUUUUUGAUUUGGGGGGAUGUUCGGGACGUUAACUGGUGUUAUGAGCGUCGGAGUAUGGCAUUGCGUUCAGGGGUCAUGUGCAAUACACAAGCGUUACGGUUACUGUUUUAUGAUAUUUUCGGCAAUUGUAAACGCUAGUUAUAGGAACCUCUAAUCCGUA